UAUAGGGGUGCAAUACCGUUUAGCUCACUAGGAGGCAGUGUUUACAAACCGCUCAGUGAACACAGAAAGAGUAAAAUUGUUAUUUGUCCUCCGUGAAGCACACGCCGAGAGGACGAUUAGACUGUUUAUCCGAAUAAGCUUUAUUUUCCAAACAGAAUCAAUGACCGAGCCGCAGGUCAACCCAAAGGCGUAUCCGCUGGCGGACGCCACUUUAACUAAAACUAUACUGGAUCUGGUCCAGCAGGCGUCCAACUAUAAACAGCUGAGGAAAGGAGCUAAUGAAGCCACUAAAACUCUCAACCGUGGGAUCUCAGAGUUCAUAGUGAUGGCUGCUGACGCAGAGCCGCUGGAGAUCAUUCUACAUUUGCCACUGCUGUGCGAGGAUAAGAACGUCCCUUAUGUGUUUGUGCGCUCCAAGCAGGCCUUGGGCCGAGCAUGUGGGGUGUCCCGGCCUGUAAUUGCCACCUCCGUCACUAUAAAGGAGGGAUCACAGCUGAAGCCUCAGAUCCAGUCUGUGCAGAUGGCUAUUGAGAGACUGUUGGUCUGAUUGAAGCUUGGGGAACAAGACUAAAUGCUUUUUUUGCUUUUUGAAACACUGAGAAGUGUUUGUCAUGUUUUAAUUCAGAUAUCCUUCUGAAUAUCAUUCAUUCAUUCAUUCAUCUUCUACCGCUUAUCCGAACUACCUCGGGUCACGGGGAGCCUGUGCCUAUCUCAGGCGUCAUCGGGCAUCAAGGCAGGAUACACCCUGGACGGAGUCUUCUGAAUAUCAUUCAGAUAUAAUUUAUUUUUCAGGUGUACUGUUCACUUUGAUAUGAUGUACACAUUGCUAAGCUUUAUGCCUUGUGUGGUUUUUAAGUGACUUUUUUUUUUUACUUUUGUAAUAUUUGUCGAUCUACACAUUUUCAGCAGAAACUAUUUUACAUGCUUGUAAUAAAUGAAAUGUUCACCUAAACUGUGCAGUUACUUAAAAUUCAGCAAAGUGUCCUAAUUCCUUAAAAAAGUGAACUACAGAACACAUCAUGUUUCAUUAAAUAUUAGUAUGGGGCUGCACAAAGCUUAUUGAAACCUUAAUAGUGUUUUAAAACUAUAAAAGCAAUUGGUCAGACUGUAUAUACUCAUCUGCGGUACAAUACUCAUUUAUUUAAUAAGAAUUUUAUCCUGGU